CGUUGAAACGGAUGGCUCCAAGAAGGGCAUCGGUCACGGGCUGGGUAGAGUACAAACCACAAAUUGCGAGAAGAGUGGAGGCCGGGGCAAAGCGACGGCGAAAACAAAGCCUCGCCACCGCCGUCCCCGUCACGGGCCGCUCCAGCUCACGCCCACGCCCACGCCACGCUCUAGCGCAACCACCACCACUCUAUAUAUCGCCAGUACCAGUGCCAGUGCCUCGCCGCAGGGGAGGGGAGAGCCAGAGCACGCACGCUCGCACGCUAGCCAGCCAGCCAGCAGCAAUGGCGACGGCGGCGCGCCCACCGUUCCUGGCCAUGGCCGCGGCGGCGCUGCUGGUGGCGGCGUGGUGGGGCGGCAAUGCGGGGGCGGCGGAGGCGCAGGCGCAGGCGCCGGUGUUCGCGUGCGACGCGUCGAACGCGACGCUGGCGGCCUACGGGUUCUGCAACCGGAAGGCGUCGGCGUCGGCGCGCGCCAGGGACCUGGUGUCGCGGCUGACGCUGGCGGAGAAGGUGGGGUUCCUGGUGAACAAGCAGCCGGCGCUGGGCCGGCUGGGCAUCCCGGCGUACGAGUGGUGGUCCGAGGCGCUGCACGGCGUGUCCUACGUCGGCCCCGGCACCCGCUUCUCGCCGCUCGUGCCCGGCGCCACCAGCUUCCCGCAGCCCAUCCUCACCGCCGCCUCCUUCAACGCCUCCCUCUUCCGCGCCAUCGGCGAGGUGGUGUCGACGGAGGCGCGGGCGAUGCACAACGUGGGGCUGGCGGGGCUGACGUUCUGGAGCCCAAACAUCAACAUCUUCAGGGACCCGCGGUGGGGCCGGGGCCAGGAGACGCCCGGCGAGGACCCGCUGCUGGCCAGCAAGUACGCCGUGGGAUACGUCACGGGGCUCCAGGACGCCGGCGCCGGCGGCGUCACCGACGGCGCGCUCAAGGUCGCCGCCUGCUGCAAGCACUACACCGCCUACGACGUCGACAACUGGAAGGGCGUCGAGCGAUACACCUUCGACGCAAAGGUGUCGCAGCAGGACCUGGACGACACGUUCCAGCCGCCGUUCAAGAGCUGCGUGCUGGACGGCAAUGUGGCCAGCGUCAUGUGCUCCUACAACAAGGUGAACGGGAAGCCCACCUGCGCCGACAAGGACCUCCUGGAGGGAGUCAUCAGAGGGGACUGGAAGCUUAAUGGAUACAUCGUGUCGGACUGCGACUCCGUCGACGUGCUCUACACCCAGCAGCACUACACCAAGACGCCCGAGGAGGCCGCCGCUAUCACCAUCAAAUCAGGGCUGGACCUCAACUGCGGCAACUUCCUGGCGCAGCACACGGUGGCGGCGGUGCAGGCCGGCGAGCUCUCGGAGGAGGAUGUCGACCGGGCCAUCACCAACAACUUCAUCAUGCUCAUGCGCCUGGGCUUCUUUGACGGCGACCCCCGGCAGCUCGCCUUCGGCAGCCUCGGCCCCAAGGACGUGUGCACGUCUUCCAACCGGGAGCUGGCACGCGAGACGGCGCGCCAGGGCAUCGUGCUCCUCAAGAACAGCGGCGCGCUGCCGCUCUCGGCAAAGUCCAUCAAGUCCAUGGCCGUCAUUGGGCCCAACGCCAAUGCCAGCUUCACCAUGAUCGGCAACUACGAAGGCACGCCGUGCAAGUACACGACGCCGCUCCAGGGCCUGGGCGCCAAGGUCAACACCGUGUACCAGCCGGGGUGCACCAACGUCGGGUGCAGCGGGAACAGCCUACAGCUCAGUACCGCCGUGGCGGCCGCAGCCAGUGCCGACGUGACCGUGCUCGUCGUCGGCGCCGACCAGUCCAUUGAGCGCGAGAGCCUGGACAGGACGAGCCUCCUCUUGCCGGGCCAGCAGACCCAGCUCGUGUCGGCCGUCGCCAACGCCUCCAGCGGGCCUGUCAUCCUCGUCGUCAUGUCGGGUGGACCAUUCGACAUCUCGUUCGCCAAGGCCAGCGACAAGAUCGCUGCCAUUCUUUGGGUCGGCUACCCCGGCGAAGCCGGCGGCGCCGCCCUCGCCGACAUCCUCUUCGGCAGCCACAACCCAAGUGGGAGGCUGCCGGUGACGUGGUACCCGGCGUCGUACGCCGACACGGUCACCAUGACCGACAUGCGGAUGCGGCCGGACACGUCGACGGGCUACCCGGGCCGGACGUACCGGUUCUACACGGGCGACACGGUGUUCGCCUUCGGGGACGGCCUGAGCUACACCAAGAUGUCACACAGCCUCGUGUCGGCGCCGCCGUCGUACGUGUCCAUGCGGCUGGCCGAGGACCACCCGUGCCGCGCCGAGGAGUGCGCGUCGGUGGAGGCCGCCGGCGACCACUGCGACGACCUGGCGUUCGACGUCAAGCUCCAGGUGCGGAACGCCGGCGAGGUGGCCGGCGCGCACUCGGUGCUGCUGUUCUCGUCGCCGCCGUCGGCCCACAACGCGCCGGCGAAGCACCUGCUCGGGUUCGAGAAGGUGUCGCUGGCGCCCGGGGAGGCCGGCACGGUGGCGUUCCGGGUGGACGUGUGCAGGGACCUGAGCGUGGUGGACGAGCUGGGCGGCCGCAAGGUGGCGCUCGGCGGCCACACGCUGCACGUCGGCGACCUCAAGCACACCGUGGAACUGCGAGUCUGAUGAUCGACGGUGAUCAGAAAAAUUCCACGUAGGGAGGAUCGAUUUCAUUUGAUAGGGGAAAAAGAAGAUGGAAUUGGAUGGGCCGACCGGGGUAAUGGGCCGUAGGAAUUGAUUUAAGGGAGGUGAAAUAACCAAAUGGGCCUUUCGUUGGGACAAGAAAGAAUUGGAUCCACGGGGGGCUUUGGGAGUUGUUUUGUUGCGGUUGUUAAAUUUGAUUUUAUUCGUUUGGAAUUGGAGGGACGAUUUGCAACUGUAAACUUGGUGGCGUCUCUCAAGUGUUCAUUGUUUGGGAGGGGAAAUAGCUCAUUUCAUCAGCUCCAUUCGAUUCGAGUCAUGUUAUAAGGAAAAUGUCAACUUGAUUCA